CUUGUUUGGUGCUUGACUGUUGGUGGUGAUUUUACAAGCACAUACCCAAAGGCCCGUCAAAAUAAGUGUCUAAUCUUCAAGUUGGCCAUUUGUGAAGCAACUAUUCGAGUGUGUUGUUCACUAAGCCGGAAAAUAAUGGUUCAACACCCAGUUCAGGUCUUCUGGGGCUUUCUGUGUCUGAUUUGUGUGAAACUGACUGUUGGAGAAACGUGCCCCACUCUAAUUACCAGUUUGCAUCAGAAGAACUGCACCGAUAAGUCAGACAACAGAACAGCUUACUACCUAGAUAAAACCAGCUGCAUUCCUAGAUGCAGCAUUUACCCUACAGAGGUGCAAACUAGAACAUGUCCGAACGGGGUAAGUGACUGCAUCACCGGAUUCAACUGUGAAGGCAGAUGUUCAGGUGGAGGCGGUGAGGACUUUGCUUGCGAAAAACAAGCUGAUUGCAUACAAUUCGGUCCAAGAGUGCAAUGUGGCAAAUAUUGCGUGCUUCCAGCAAGUGUCGAUGAUGGCCAGUCGGUGUCGUGCAUGGCGUAUCACUCAAAUUUACCCGAAUAUGUGAACUCCUAUUGGACUGCUCAGAAAUUCAAACCGGUGUGUGAUGAUGAUGGCAACUGGAUGCCCAAACAGUGCAAAGGAGGGCUGCAGGGAAGGUGUAUGUGCUACAGCUCUACAGGAGUUCGCCUCUUUGGCGAAGCCAAAUACAAGGAAGCCUCCAACAUGACAUGUGCGUGUAGCAGGAAAAAGGCCGAUCUUGAAGCAGCUGGACGCAAUGCUGUGACCUUGCACUGCGACAGCCUGGGCAACUUUGAGCGGCUGCAAUGCGACAUCGAAAAGAGCCUUUGUUGGUGCGCUGAACCCUUCACUGGAGAUCUAACAGCGCCGAUCGUUCCUUUCGCUGCCAUGGCAAAACUGCCGUGCUAUUCACAAGGCACCGUGGGCAGCCAGUACCUCAGACAAUGUGAGAGCAAGAAAUUUGCCACCACCAUGGUCACUUCCAAGCUGAAAGGUCAUGGAGUGGUGACAGUGCAAAGCGACUCAUUGCUGUGCCAAUCUGAUGGUAGCUAUGGAGCCUACAUGGUACAAUCUGGAAUAGCCUACUGCACCUGGAGGGACAACAGCAAAAUUGGAACCUGGCAGGCGAAUCUCGCGGGGAUGACAGAUAAAUUAACCUGCAAUUGUGCCCGAGAUUACAAGAGGUAUGAACACUCGCUAAGUUGUGAAGGAACUGGAAACUACGUCCUGCUGCAGCAAGUUAUCGAUGAAAAUAAUCAAAAGCAGUACUACUGUGUGGACGACUAUGGAUUUGCGAAAAGUGGCCUGCUCAGCGACUCCACCACUGAUUGCAGUCUAUUUUACUAAUAAUGGUUUGCCUAAUAAAGGAUGAUAUUGUAACUUCAA